GGUGAUAACGGUGUAUGCUCUUCCAUGGAGUUCACCGACAAGGGUCACCUUGUCGUCCGCUUAGUAUGUGGUUCCUGCUACCUCUUCAAUACUGACCUCCGUGUCUGGAUUGAGCUUUUCGACGCCUUGGAUCCAGUGAAAUGCCAUGCUGCCAUCUCCAUGCAACGCUCUUGUCCCUCUGGUCCACUCUGCAGCCUUCAGCAUAUUUCCAAAUUAACUGCACCAAAAACUGCUGCUCUGCCCCUAGAAAUCAGCCAGUAUUCCAGCGCUCAACGUCAAAGCCUCAGCGAGUUCCUGGAGUGUCAAAUGCAGGGUGCAGAACUGGUCGGCUCCCCGGCAGAAUUCAAAUUUUGGCUGUUGCGGUGGUUCCGCCAUCUUGUAGAGGAUGGUGAGGACGAACGUAUACGCCAAGUUUGCAUGGAGUUCAUUGGUCCCUUCCUUUCUGCCUCCAAGACAUCCUGGCAACCGACAAUAAAGGGCAUCUCUAAACGCAGUUUGGUGAAGGAGUUACUAGCCCUCUUUGCAUUAAAUCUGCGAAUGCAGCGGUUGUAUGUCGAAUUGAAGGAGCUCCUUGAACAAUCCCAGGAAACCUAA